UCACGUUGGUCUGUGGGCGGGAUUUGCUGGACGUUUCCUCAUGUAUCAGUAUCAUCAUCAUCAUCAUCCCAUGGACUGACUUAUUUGUUGUCGAGCAAGAUGGAGUUCCUUUUGGGAAAUCCUUACAGUACCCCAGUGGGGCACUGUAUAGAGAGAGCCACUGAUGGCUCCCUGCAGAGUGAAGACUGGACCCUCAACAUGGAAAUAUGUGACCUCAUUAAUGAAACAGAGGAUGGGCCAAAGGAUGCCAUUAGAGCAGUGAAGAAGAGGCUGAAUGGCAACAGGAACUAUAGAGAAGUGAUGUUUGCUUUAACGGUCCUGGAGACGUGUGUGAAGAACUGCGGCCAUCGUUUUCAUGCCUUGGUCACAAGCAGGGACUUUGUCGAUGGCGUGCUCGUUAAAAUCAUCUCCCCUAAAAACAACCCACCUACAAUCGUUCAAGACAAAGUACUCGCCCUGAUUCAGGCAUGGGCUGAUGCAUUCAGGAGCAGCCCAGACCUCACUGGGGUGGUCCAAAUCUAUGAGGAGCUAAAGAGGAAAGGAAUUGAGUUCCCCAUGUCAGACCUGGAGACCCUCUCGCCCAUACACACACCUCUGCCGGCUGCAUCUGCUCCAGAGGGCGACUCCACCCUUCACAAGUACAGCGCCACUCCUCAGCCCCCACCACAAGCUGUCCCGCCAGCCUACACUGAGGCUCAGGUCCCCCACAUUCAUGCCGCUGGAUCCAUCAAUCCUACACCAGAACAGAUUUGCCAGCUGCGCAGCGAGUUGGACGUUGUUCGCGGAAACACUAAGGUGAUGUCAGAGAUGUUGACUGAGAUGGUCCCAGGACAAGAGGACGCAUCGGACUAUGAGUUACUACAGGAGCUGAACAGGACUUGUAGAGCCAUGCAACAGAGGAUAGUUGAGCUCAUCUCUUGUGUUUCCAGUGAAGCUGUGACCGAGGAGCUGCUGCAUGUCAACGACGACCUUAACAACAUUUUCUUACGCUACGACCGGUACGAGAGGUUUAGGUCCGGGAGGUCUUCAGCUCAGAGUGUCAACAAUGGGGUCCUGAGCGAGGCUACGGAGGACAACCUGAUAGACCUCGGCCCGGGCUCCCCCGCGGUGGUCAGCAACAUGCCCAGCGCAGCCCUGACCAGCCUGCCCUCCACCAUCACUGUCCCUGCAGGGAGGCCUGCCUCGCCAGCCACCUUGGCCUCUCACCUGGCUGGUCUUGAUGUGGGUGCAGACAGUGUGAGCAGCACCCUGAGCUCUCUGUCCAGCUGUAAGCCUCCUCCUCCUCAGGACGACUUUGAUGUGUUCGCUCAAACCAGGAAAGGAGCUGUGUCGGAACCACGCAAGAAUACCGCAGCAGAAGACAGCCUCGCCCCCGGCAGCCUUCCUCCCACUCUGGACGUCCUACAACCAACUGCAGGAGGGGGUGUCGGUGGCCAGUCCUCUGUCAUGGAUGACAUAGAGGAGUGGCUGUGUACUGAUGUGCAAGGAGAUGAAGGAGAUGAAGGCGAGGAAGGUGUGACAAGUGAAGAGUUCGACAAGUUCCUCGAGGAGAGAGCCAAAGCCGCGGAGACGGUCCCCAGCCUACCAUCGCCCCCCAGUGGGGACCCAGGUGCGGCGCAGGGAACCCCCAGCCGCAAGAAACCCGACAGGCCAGAGGACGCUUUGUUUGCCAUGUAGACAUCUGACCUUUGAUCCCCCCCAGCCCGAACCAGCCGAGCAGCAUCAUCCGAGGACAGACUGACCUGACGCAUCCACUUCCAAUUUGAAUCACCGCGACACAGUUCAGUUUCACUACAGAGAUUUGUUCAUGCUUUUUUUGUUUUAAGGGAAUUAUUCAUGCUCUCAGUUAGCUCCCCAUUAGAGAAGGAAAACCAGAUUUGAUUCGCCACCAGACAAUGAUCUGACCCACAUGAUGACCAGCGUCGGAGGCAAUGAGGCAGCCUGUGUAUCACCGUUUCUGUGUGAAGACUCUCCUCCCCCUGCUGUGGACUGCACAGCUUCAUCUUGCAGCUAAUCCUCAUCGUAAAAUGUUUUAUUUAAAAGAAAGAAGAAGAAAAAAAAAGAGUCAUUGUCAUAAGUAGGAGACCUAUUUCCUUCCUUUCAAAGCAUGAAUUAAGACCAUCAAUGUUGAUCAUGUAUGUUUUUAUGAUUUAAAGAACCCACCUGCUGCAGAAACACUGAGCAUACCUGCACAUGUAUUGUUUUGGUGUUUGUAUCAGUACCUUGGCAAAGUCAGUCUAAGUUGGAUUGUAAAUCUGUAAAUGGCAAAAUGUCAAGUUUGUUAGUUUGUGUAUAUUUAAGCUACAAGAUGUAUGAAAGAGAUGUUGAUUUAAUGUAGAUUUUUGAAUGGGGUUUUAUGUUUGCAGCUACUCUUACAAUAGGGAUGUGCCUCAAGAAAAGGGUGCAAGAAAAAGGGAACAGUGUAGAUUUGAUCACUCACAAAACUCUGAAUCAAGAAGAUGAAGAAGGGAAUUUAGUUAUUGUGAUUUGUAUAAUCGCAAAUCGAACCACCGAAUGUUAUUUUCCUUUUAAAGCUGUCUCCCCGUGUUGUAGAUUUUUUGUCCUUUACAAAUGUAACCGCAGAUGUUUGACGAUAUGUCGACGGCGACAAAAGAUUUAUUGAGAUUAUUUUGCUGAGAUUUUAUUAGCCUGACGCUGCUGUAGUCGGUCUGACUUCCAUCUGCUGAACAUCACGGGCCAGUUCUUCUGGUUGAUGUGAACGUGUGUGUGCUGGAGAAGGAAACAAAUAUAUUUUUGUGGUCAUUGAAUGUCGUGACAGGAAGUGCUGACGUUAUUUUCAACAGGAUCCCAGUCAAGAGUCACUGGCACCUGGAGAGAUGAUAGUGUAUGUUGUCUGUUGUAAGGGACCAAAGUUCUGGAUGUGUCAUGUCUUUGACCUAGAAUCCCCAGCUUUAUACUGUAUGUAUGAGGGAAUAUAUGGUUGAAUAUCGCACUACAAAAGCUGUUUUUUUAUUUUAUGCAUUUCUCCGUUCUUUCUACACGCUGACAUCUUAAAAGGCCUGACCUUUCAAACAUUGACAUUUGUUUCCAGAAAUGAGUUUGCCGCAGACGCGCCGCCACAAAUGAGACAUUUUACUCUUGACAACAACAACAUGCAACGUGUUACACAAUCGCAACAAGCGGAAAACAAGCGUGCACUUUGACAGCCGCGUUACCUUUUCGACUUGUGCUGUAAGUCAGCGAGCACUUAACCAGAUGGAAGUAGUGGGAAACGUUUGGGGGAGAGAAAAAAAAAUUGUAUUCACCACUGCGUCUUUUGUUUUUGUUUUCUUCAGAUCAGUAUUUUAAAUUUAUUUGUUGUAAAAUGUGGAAUGAGCUGAAAUGUUUUGAGUAAGUAUGAGAAAUUGUCAUAAUGAUAUAUUUUAAGUGUUUUUGGCUUUUGUGAUGGGAGUUCAGAUUUUUCCUUUUUCUACAUUACUGCUGGCUAAUGUAUCCUCUUUGUCAUGUUUAUUGGUUUUGUGGGUAAUCACGUUGGCUUGAACGUGUCCAUCCAGUGAACGUGUAGACGUGGUUUAUCAUCGCUGAUUUGUAGCUGUAAGAGAAACGCACCAGUCGCUUCGCUUAUCUCAUGAAGAAAACAUACUUGUGAUCGAUGACUGGCACGCAACAAAGCGGACAUGCUCAUCCUUCUUGGGACACUUUCGACAAACCGUCAACAUUGCACAUUGUGAAAGGGAAAUCUCCUUCCUCAUGUUUUCUUGUUUGUUUCUUGUGUUAAAAACUACGUGUGUGUGUGUGUGAAGCCUCCAACUGUGUGUUGAAAGAAUACAUGUCACCGUCCUGAGCUCAAGAUGGUGAAUCUCCGCGCAGUUUGUCAUCUCAGACCUGUUUUGCAGAGGAACAGUACGUUUCUUUGUGUCACUAGAUAACAUAACGAGAGAAGCCUGAAAUGGAGGCCGUGCUUGUCGGCAACUUUACUCAGCUGCCGCAUCUCUCAUUUCUCUUUGUGUUGUUUGACUUCUGCAUGGACUCUAAUAAAACAUUAGCAGUGUGUGAUCAGAAA